ACGGGCACGGAGCCUGGCCCCACAUCCAGGCACCAGGACCUGCAGUCCAAUGGUGCCUUCCUCCUCCCGGGAACACUGUUCACUUUGCCCUAUAGCGUUAAGGGCUGAACUGGGAGGGACCGGAAGCCCGGAGGAGUCCUGGCGUGUGGCCGACUGAUCGUGAAGGGCACUGAGGGUCAUGCCGAGAUGAGACUCUCAUAAGUGCCCCCAAAGCCAGGUGAGGCCCAGUCAACAUCAGCUUCUCCUGCCACCAGCGCUCCACUGAUCCGCACACUUGGGCGUCAGUCUGGGUCAGGCACCCUCGGGAAACGGGAACCAGUGUCUUGGGCCUGCAGCCCUGGUUUCUCUGGAGAAAAACCCAUGGGAGGCUGGUUCAAGGCUGUUACAGGCCUUUCCCCUGAGCUGCCACCCCCGUCCCACCUUGUUGAAGAUGUCACUGCUUGGAAGGGACUUCCACAGCUCCUUGGAUGAUGGGUCCAAGUCACUUUUGGAGAGGAACAGCAAUGUCACUGCAGAGAACAUCCAUCCUGCUGAGGAAGCCAGCGGCUUAUCGAGAAUGCAAACUUUGAUCCAUUUACUGAAAUGCAACAUUGGCACAGGACUCCUGGGGCUUCCCCUGGCCAUGAAAAAUGCCGGCCUAUUGGUGGGUCCCAUCAGCCUGCUGGGCAUUGGGGUCCUCACCGUGCACUGCAUGGUCAUCCUGUUGAACUGCGCCCAUCACCUCAGUCAGAGAUGGCAAAAGACUUUUGUGAACUAUGGAGAGGCCAUGAUGUACAGCCUAGAAACCUGCCCAAACGCCUGGCUGAGGACCCACUCGGCGUGGGGCAGGUACACUGUCAGCUUCUUGCUAAUCACCACCCAACUGGGAUUCUGCAGUGUUUAUUUCAUGUUUAUGGCAGACAAUUUACAACAGAUGGUUGAAGAAGCCCACAUGACGUCCAACAACUGCCAACCCAGGAAGUUCCUGGUGCUGGCCCCGAUCCUGGACAUCCGCUUCUACAUGCUGACAAUCCUGCCCUUCCUGAUGCUGUUGGUGUUUAUCCAGAACCUCAAGCUGCUGUCCAUCUUCUCAUCGCUGGCCAACAUCACCACGCUGGGGAGCAUGGCUCUGAUCUUUGAGUAUAUCGUUCAGGAGAUUCCAGAUCCCAGCAACCUCCCCUUGAUGGCAAGCUGGAAGACCUUCCUGCUGUUCUUUGGUACAGCCAUCUUCACAUUUGAAGGUGUUGGUAUGGUCUUGCCUCUCAAAAAUCAGAUGAGGGAUCCACAGCAGUUUCCUUUUGUUCUGUACUUGGGGAUGUCCCUUGUCAUCACCCUCUACAUCUGCCUGGGGACACUGGGCUACAUGAAGUUUGGGUCAAGCACCCAAGCCAGCAUCACCCUCAACUUGCCCAACUGCUGGCCAUACCAGUCGGUCAAGCUGCUCUACUCCAUUGGCAUCUUCUUCACCUACGCCCUCCAGUUCCACGUGCCGGCCGAUAUCAUCCUCCCCUUCGCCGUCUCCCAGGUGUCAGAGAGGUGGACGCUGUUUGUAGACCUGUCUGUCCGCAUAGCCUUGGUCUGUCUGACCUGUGUCUCAGCCAUCCUCAUCCCCCGCCUGGACCUGGUCAUCUCCUUUGUGGGCUCCGUGAGCAGCAGCGCCCUGGCCCUCAUCAUCCCGCCCCUCCUGGAGCUCAUCACCUUUUAUCCUGAAGACAUGAGCUGUGUCACCAUUGCAAAGGACAUCAUGAUCAGCAUCCUGGGCCUUUUGGGGUGUGUAUUCGGGACAUACCAAGCCCUCUAUGAGUUGAUCCAACCCAUCGGCCAUUCCGUAGCCAACGCCACAGGUGUCUAUGCAUAAUUAUCUAUUUUUAUUCUAAUCGCCCUCCCCUCCUCCCACCCCCAACUUGACUUCCGUUGUGGAUGUUAUAUACGUUUG